CUUAAUUGGAAAAAAAUUUAUUAACAUUGUUGUAUUUGUUGUCGAUGUGAGUAGAUAGCAAUCGAUAAUGCAGCAAAUUGUUUAUAUCGCCACGAUUAUUGUGAUUUUGAAUAUUUUAUUUAUGGCAGUUAAUAAGUUUACGUGUUUUUGGUGUAGAAGCAAAGUAUGUUUAGUGGGAAAGGUGGCUAUUAUUACUGGUGGAGCUACAGGAGUAUUUCAGGAAUUGGUUAUCAAACAGCUUUGGAAUUGGCUUCCAGAGGGUGUCGAGUUAUUAUAGCCGAUGUAGUGAAUACAAAAAAGUCAGUGGAACAAAUAAUCAAACAAACAAAAAACCCCAAUAUUGUUGGCAAAAAUCUCGACCUCGCAUCAUUGCAAUCUGUCAGAGAUUUAGUCAAGGAUAUUUACGAAAAUGAAGUUAGGUUGGAUAUAUUGAUCAAUAACGCUGGAACAGGAAAUAUUAAUAUAUCUUACACAGAUGAUGGUCUGGAGGGAACUAUGCAAAUUAAUUAUUUUGGACAUUUUCUUCUUACGCAUUUGUUACUUGAUCUUUUGAAAAAGUCAGCUCCCAGUCGAAUCAUUUUCUCCAGCUCCAUUCUUGCUUACGUAAGUGACUUGACACUGGAACAUCUAAAUCCAAAAGAAGAAUACAAAUCUGUUUGGCAUACAGUUAUUGCUGGAGGUACAUAUGGAGCUUCCAAACUCUGUAUCGCUAUGGCGUCGAAGCUGUUUGCAAAUAAAUUAUAUGGUAGCGGCGUUACGUCUAACACUUAUCAUCCUGGAGCUACCCGAACCUAUAUAUUUUUUAAGGACCUCGCUACCAAAACUUGGAAAGACUUUUUGAGAACUGCUAUAGGUUGUCUUGCGUGGACAUAUGGAAAGAGUGCAGAAGAAGGUGCGCAAACAUUAAUAUACCUAGCCCAUGCGGAUGAAGUUAAAAAUAUCACGGGGAAAUUUUUCAUGGAAGGAAGGGUGGUAUGGCAUCCUUAUCAAUUGAAAAAUAAAAAGUUCUGUGAGGAAGUAUGGGAAAGAUCCAUUAUUUACACAAAACUCGAGCCAAACGAAGUGAAAUGCUAAUUUUAUCUCACAUGGAAUUUUUUUGUAUUUUUGUUUAAUAAAUC